GAGCAGCCGGCGCCGGCUGCAGGUGUCGGCCCAGUUGCAGAAGGUUCCGAGCGGCGGCGGCGGCGGCGGCGGCUGGAGCCUGGUGGGGGUUUUCCAGCGGAGCGGAGCGGAGCGGAGCGGAGCGGCCAUGGUGGGCCGCCUGAGCCUGCAGGAUGUCCCCGAGCCCCUGGACAUGAAGAAGCGAGGGGAGCGCGUCCUGGACAGCCCCGACUCCGGCCUGCCCCCCAGCCCCGGACCCCCGCCCGGGCCGCACCACGGGCCGCCAGAGGCCCCCGCCAAGCCCGGACGGACGGACCGGAAUUGUGUCUUUUUACCCAAUCCUGUGGCCCCCAGCGGUCCUUCGAGGUUGUGCCCUCUGUCUUUUGGCGAGGGAGUUGAGUUCGACCCUUUGCCACCGAAGGAAGUCAGAUACACCUCCUCCGUCAAGUAUGACUCCGAGAAGCACUUUGUCGACAACAUUUACCUGCCGGUGGGCCUGGGGGUCUCGUCUUGCAGCCAGACGAUCAUCUGCCUCCCCAACCGCACGUGGCGCAGCUACAAAGCCGAAAUCCACUUCGAGCCCCGGAACAAGCCCCUCCGGUUCCUGAGCACCACCAUCAUCUACCCCAAGUUCGCCAAGACUGUGUGCACCACCACGCUGGAUUACAACUGCAGGAAGGCCGUGAGACGCUUUCUGUCCAGCGUAGAGCUGGAGGCCUCCGAGUAUCUUGGAAGAGAUUGCCUCUCGGAUGAGUGCUGACCGCCACGUCCGGGCCGACGGGAUUCAAAGCGGGCCCGCCGCGGGGAGCGUCCUGAAGCUUCCUUAGCCGGCCCGGUCCGUCCGGCCUGGGCCGUCCUGCCUGUUCCGCGUGACCAAGCCACCGAAACCCCUGAGGGGUCUCCCCCUUCCGUUAGCCCGUUCAGGCACCCGGCAGCUUCCGGGGAGCGUGGGGGGAGAAGAACAUCGGUGGCACUUAGCGAUUGUGGGAAUCUGAUUUUUUUUUAAAAAAAAAAAACGAAAGCUUUGUGUAUUCAGGUUGCCAGCUGCAGGUUUUCCAUGGGGUCUCAAGUGGACAGGAAAACUAAAUGGAAAGUGACCCAGCAAUUUCAAAUAGAAAAAGCUCCCUUUAUCCAUAGAUAAAGAUUGUCCUCCAUCUGUGAAAUGUAUGGGAAGAGGGUCCCUUGGAUAGGAGAAUCGAGUUUGAAGAGGCCUCAGCGGUGACCAUCUUGGCGGCUAUAAGAGCCGGUGGUUGGUGAUGCAGCAAGAUGCCCCUCGCUGGAUGUGUAAAUCUAGGUCUGUCACUUAUUUCCCUCUCAGCAAGGAUUCAGAUGCUGCAGGGACCCCAAAAUGGUAGAGACAUGGAUUGGAAAAAGGUGGAACCGUGACGUGAGAUGCCUCAUCCGCCUCCUCAGUAUAAAUUCCCCGGGGAAGCUGGGGUGCUGAGUAAAAGCGCUGAUGAAGGUCUCCCCGGCUUACUCAGCCACAGACCCUGUCCAAAGUCCAGGCUCCCCUGAAAAUCAGAGAACACCCCCCGAAAUGGGGCAACUGCCUAUGUGAGGAGGCGGGUAGAACGGGACCGAAACCGGUACUUGAAAGGCUUUUCUGGGAGAAUUCUUUCAGACGGCACAAAGGCGUAGGAAAUGACCAGCGUGAGUGAGCCCUUAAUUUUAUCAGAGAAGUAGAGUUCGUAGACUCUGCUCUUACCCCACACCUUUCACACGGUGGGUUUUGGCACUUUAUAAUCCAUGAGACCUUUCCUGAGAAGCAAAAAAAAACCCAACCUUGCAGAUCCCCGUAGACCUCCUUCCUCAGCACACGAUCCCAACCAGAGCCCCGGAAAACUAAGGCUUUAAUAUCCUCUGACUGAAAGAAACCUCUGCUCCGGAGUUCACAUCUGAGGAAAGCACUCAAACGUCUAGAGCAAAAUGCUGCCAGGCAGUGAGUCUCCUUCUCCUUCUUCUCCUCCUCCUCACCUCCCCCUCUCGGGUCACCUCUGCAAUGCCGGGGUGCAGGAGCGGAGUUGCGGGUCUUCGCUGUCUUGCUUCCCUGGGAUCUCACCCCCCUACCCCCUCUAGAACCCCCUUUCCACUUGUAGCCAUACCUGCUCUGAAAGAGUCGGAGGUGAGUUGAGGAAGCGGCUUUUGAAAAUUGACAUCCCCGCCCUCGAUUUAACGAUGGCCCUUCUUAGACCGAUGCCCUUCUUAGACCGAUCGGACUCAGAACAGGUUCAGGCCCCUCGCUUGCCCCAUUGUGAUGGCCCCCCUGUUCUCGGGGACUUAAGCUUUCUGGCCUGCUCCCAGUCCAUUAGUCAAAAGUCCUUAAUUCUCUAUUGAUGUUGGAGACAAAAGAAAAAACUGUCAUUUCAGAGACUCUUCGGGAACACAUCCCUGAUGAAAUCUUUUGAAUGGCGAAAUGGCUCACGCUUUUCAACCCUGAGAAGAAUGGAAACUGUUUUUCCUGCUUCUGCAAAUAAUGUGCAAGUCGUAAUGAAAGCCGUUCUUGUGGCGACAUUGCCCCCAAGCGGAUUGGUAAAAUACUCAGCGUGGCAGAGCCUUUACAUUUUCCUUUUUAAAAAUAUUCUUAUUGCUCGUUACUGCUCUGGAGCAUCUGAUUCGCACUGGGGCAGCCAAGGGGUGUAGAGUUGUUUGACCUGUCUUCUUUUUCGGACCCUCUGGUUUGUAAACCUACCGGAUCUGGGAGCUACACUGUAGAAGUGACGGUCCCCGUCGAUCUCACGUGAACAACAGGGACAGGUCCAACCGGAGGGGGUUUUCAUCCCAAAUUUCACCCGACAGCCUAAUCGGCCGGUUAUCGGGAAUGACAAGAUGGAAAUCACCUUAGAGCUUUCAAAUUUUAUUUCAGUGACAAAUGGAGUCCAUCUCUACAGCUUGAGUAUUUUUCAGUCCUGCAGCCAGCACUUUGGCCAUAUUGCAAAGGUGGGAACUUAGUUAAUUUGCUACAUUAUUUUGUCAUUGCAGGGAAAGUGGGGGAAGGGAGUCAUGAGGAGAAUAGAGUCCCUUUUGAAGCAGCAAUCGUUGUGGUUUCUAAGCUUAGAUAUUCACUUGUGAAUAUUCCUUAGGCUGGAGAGUUAACAGGUUGCAGUAAAUUCAGGCAAGUUUCCUGUAAAGUAAGUGUAAAGAGAAUCUGAAAUGUAAAGAGAGUGAGAAUGAGGAAGUGCAUAGGAAAGGGUUAUGGAAAAGUGACAGUUGUUUUCCAGAGUUUUUCUUUUAGGAAUUAGCUGUCAUUCUUCCGUCUUCAUUACCUGGCUGGUUAAAGACAGUGGCAAGUAAGUAUGGAAAAGGAAGAGGCGGUUUAGUGACAGAGGGUUGUUAGAGAAUUCUCAGUUUUGGCAAAAGGUGGAUUGAACUGCAAAGACCAAUAAUAAAACCAUAUUAGAGCUUUUCCAGGAACACAACUCAAACUCACACCGGCCUAGUCGUUCGUAAAUGUCACCCGGAAACAUAUGUUAGUUGUGUCCAUUAAAAAUGAGUUGGAAGGAAAAAAAUUCCAAACCGUGACCUUUGAAUAGUUCCAGUUAAGUUGCUAAAAGUGUGUGAAAGGUCCAACUGGGGAGACAUAUUUAAAGGUAGGUGUUUCCUUUUUAAGUGGCAUACCUCAAGAAAUCGUUGUGAUGCUUCAUUUUAAUGCUUGGUCUUGUCAAGUUUAGAAAACCAGAAUAGCAUUUUGCAUAAACUCUGGUCUAUCUUUGGCACAUUUUUUUUUCCUAAUUUGCUUUAUUAAUUUUUCAUUUCACAAUAAAUUAUCUGAAAAUAUAA